AUUCCACAAAAAAUUCUUUAAUUUUCUUGGACUCAAUCCCAUAUUUGGUUUUUGCCUUCUCCUCUACGAUGUAAUCCUGUUCAAAUUGCUUUUUCAAGUCCGAUAAAUAAAACCACUUCUCCAUCCACUUCUUCUACACGCUCCUUCUCUCAUUGAAAACAGUUCUUCAUCUUCUCAUCUAAUGACACUGCUUCUGAGUUUCUGAUAUUCUCUCUCUCUCUCUCUCUCACAUCGAAUACAGUUAACGUCUUCUCUGGUUUCUCGUGUUUUAAUAUUCUCCAAACUCUAAUCAUCUCCCUCUAUAUCUUUGUACAUAGCGAGGAGCAAGAAACAGAGCAACCAUCCAUGGCUGCCAACAAGUUUGCAACCAUGCUGCACAGAAACACAAACAAGAUUACCCUUAUUUUAGUCUAUGCAGUGCUUGAAUGGAUUUUGAUUGUUCUUCUCCUCCUAAAUUCUCUAUUUUCUUAUUUGAUCAUUAAGUUCGCUGACUACUUUGGCCUUAAAAGGCCCUGUCUCUUGUGUUCUAGGCUUGAUCACUUCUUUGAGCCUGUAAAGUUCCAGAAUUCUUAUAGAUCUCUUAUCUGUGAAGCUCAUGCCAUGGAUAUUUCCAAACUGGGUUAUUGUUCAAAUCAUCGAAAACUAGCUGAAUGGCAAGAUAUGUGCGAGGAUUGCUCGUCCUCUCCGCAAGCUGAAUUCUCCAAUAAGUUUGCCUUUUUACUAUGGAUGAAGAAACUGGGAGUGGUUCAAGAUUGUGGUGGUGAUAAGGUGAGUGAAAAUGUUGAGGUGAUUUCCAAGUGCGCUUGUUGUUGUGCUAGCGUGGAAACAAAAUUAUGUUGUCCGGAUAAUUAUCUGAUGAACCCUUCUUGGGGAGAUUUGGAAAAUACCCAGAAAGGAAAUUUUAUUUUGGAAGCAGAAGCUGAUGAUAAAAUUGAUGAAGAAGAUAAUUCUGAUAAAAAAAGAUCAGGUUUUGUGUGUGAUCGCUGUGGGGAAGAACAGGGGAUUGAUAAAAACAGGGAAGUGGAGAGCAGAAACUGUGAGGAGAAAACAGAGGAAAAUUUUUCAUGCUUUGUUUCUAGCUUCGAUUGCAAGGAAAUGGUCGCUGAUAAAAGUGAUAAAGACGAAAUAUUUAUGGAAAAAGAGCAAGAAUCGGUCAAGAAGGAUGAUUUGAAUGUGACAGUGGAUGAUCCCCCUUGUGAUCAGGCAAUGACCGUUCAAGCUGGUUGCAAUAAAGAUAUUUCCAGUGAAAUUCAACCUCAGCAUCUAGAGUUCUACAUUGAUCAAGAUGCUUGCCACUUGAUUCCAAUUGAAUUGAUGGAUUCCAGUCACAUGGAAAAGCAAAUUUCCCACAGGAAUGAGAAGAGAGAGGAAGAAAAUUGCGGUAAUGAGGAUUUUGUUUUGGAGUUUGAUAAGCAUGUUGGGACACGAUAUGAAUUGGUUUUUGAGGACAGGAUCAAUUUAGAUGAGAAAGUGCCACUGCUUCCCAUCCAAGAGAGCGAGGAGGAAAAUAUGGUUGAUGAGCUUGAGUCGAGGGAAUUUAAUGAGAACGAGAAUUCCUUAGGAGCGCAUGCUGAUUGUGAACUGUUGAAGGAGGACUUCGAACAGUUUGCCAUUGCUCCAUCAACACAGACCCCUACAAGCAAUGGCGAUAAUGUUCAAGAACGAUCAGAGACAGCAGAAGAGGAAAUAGAAUCGGAUAAAAAUCAAGUGUCUGAAGAAGUACUUCAAAUGCAAAUUGAUGAGAUUGAAGCAGAUAUAUCAGUAGGGACAGAGAUUCCUGAUCAUGAACCAAUUGAAGAUUUUCAAAGUGAAGAAGUUCCUGCAUCAUGUUUGUCCAUAACAGAAGAUCCUUCAACCGGCAAUGCUAAUUAUCAUGCCUAUGAUGAUCAUGCUUCAAAGCAAGCUGAAGAAGAUGCAGUAGAAUGUAGGACCAUAACAGUUGAGACAAGUGAGCCAGUGAUAAACAAUAAUGUAUCUUUGUGUUCAGAGAGCAAUGAUAUUGAGGAAGACAAGAUUCCUGAUACACCAACUUCUGUAGAUAGCCUUCAUCAUUUACACAAGAAGCUUCUACUUCUAGAAAGAAAAGAAUCUGGCACAGAAGAGUCUUUGGAUGGAAGUGUCAUCAGUGACAUUGAAGCAGGUGAUGGAGUUUUGACUGUUGAGAAGUUGAAAUCAGCUUUGAAAGCUGAAAGGAAGGCUUUAAAUGCUUUAUAUGCAGAAUUAGAAGAAGAAAGAAGUGCUUCUGCAGUGGCUGCGAACCAGACAAUGGCAAUGAUAAACAGGCUUCAAGAAGAAAAGGCUGCAAUGCAGAUGGAGGCUUUGCAGUAUCAGAGAAUGAUGGAAGAGCAAUCGGAAUAUGACCAGGAAGCUUUGCAGCUUUUGAAUGAACUUAUGGUAAAGAGGGAGAAAGAGAGAGCAGAGCUAGAAAAAGAGCUCGAAGUAUAUCGAAAGAAGGUGCAAGAUUACGAGGCAAAAGAGAAAUUGACGAUGUUGAAAAGAAGGAAAGAAAGGGGCACAAGUGGAACUUCCUCAGCAUCUUGUAGCAAUGCUGAGGAUAGUGAUGGACUAUCUGUUGACUUGAAUCAUGAAGAGAAAGAAGAAGAUGGUUUCGAUAACCAUAAAGAAACUGGCGACCAGAACACCCCCGUCGAUGCAGUUCUAUACUUGGAAGAGUCAUUGGCUAAUUUUGAGGUGGAGAGGGUAUCCAUUCUGCGUCAACUGAAGGUUUUGGAGGAGAAGCUUUUUACGCUCAGUGAUGAAGAGAAGCAACAACAUUUAUACAAAGAAAAUGGAAAUGGCUACAUUGAGAAUUUGGAUCAUAUCAGUGAAGCAAAUGGAGUUGCAAAUGGUAAUUACAAGGAAAUGAAUGGAAAGCAUCAUCAAGAAAGAAAAAACUUCGGUGCCAAGGCAAAAAGACUUCUUCCACUUUUUGAUGCCAUUGAUGCAGAAACCGAAGAUGGGAUGCAAAAUGGGUAUGCAGAAGGAGUUGAUUCUGUUGCCUUGCUGAAAUCAGUCAACAAAUUUGAAGUUGAAAGCAAGAAGCUUGCAAUUGAGGAGGAGGUGGAUCAUGUCUAUGAAAGGCUACAAGCACUGGAGGCAGAUAGAGAGUUUCUCAAGCAUUGUAUAACCUCCUUAAAGAAAGGGGAUAAAGGGAUAGAGCUUCUGCAAGAGAUUUUACAUCAUCUUCGUGAUCUAAGAAGUGUAGAACUCCGAGUGAGGAACAUGGGGGAUGGUGCUCUAUAAUGACAUUGUGCUCAACUAUGUCAAAGAAGAUAUCAGAUUGCAUUGUGGAAGCUGAUUAAAACUGAUGCAGGUUGUAGAUGGGAGACCCUGACUUUCUUCUUCAUAUGAUACAAUCAUACAAGAUCAAAUGCAAUGCCAAAUUUUUCAGCAAAAUAUUUCAUAUGGGAAGUCCCUUGAUGGAGAGGGAGGCUUCUGCUAUGAUCUGUUUGGAGGUCAUGGUGGACUGCAAGAUAUGAAAGUCUGCCUAUUUUCCCUUCUUUUUUUUUUUUGGGUCCAAGUAAGCCCAAAUUUUGGUGGGUUCAGUUCAGUCAUCUUGCCACUAACUCUUUGAGGGAAAGGAAGUUGGUGAGAUUAUGUGUGUGUAGGCUAGUGAAAUGAAGCCAACCUGUCAUUUGUAUGUUGUGAGGAAGGGCUUGGCUUGCCAAGCUGGAGAGACCUAAUGAAGAUUCCAGUGCCAGCCUGCCAGGUACAUAGCAGCAUUAGUUUAUUUAGACAGUUAGGAUUAGGAUAUUCUUUUUGUUCUUUUUUUUUCUUUUCUUUUUUCAACACACAAAUGAGAAAGAAAAAAAUGGUAAGUAACCUUUCCUUUUCUUUCUCAUCUUUGCAUCAUUUCAUCUUAUGGAGUUGUUUGAGAGGAGCAAGGCUGAGUUACUUGUAUACUACAUGCAUCCAUUUGUAAAGUACAUAAAAAAAAAAGGUGUUUGUUUGUUUA